AGCUGCGCUGCCUGAUGACGCGAUCAGUUCCGGCGCCCUCUGAGGGCGGGGGAGCAGCGAGGGAGAAACUUAGCUCUUAGUGUGGCAGGGUCAUGAAGAAGAGGCGGUGGUGGGAGAGAGGUGGCGGCGGCGGGGGCGCGAAACUGCGGUAGCCGCCCGCGGGGCCGGUGGUGUGGCUUUGUGGGGAGGGCGUAGGUCCUAGCCCCCUCUCGGGCAGCGGCCGGGGCUCGGGGCUUAGCGCGGCCGUGGAGCCGCCUCCCCGGGCCCCCUGGCUCCGCCAUGUUCCGCAGGGCACGCCUUAGCGUGAAGCCGAAUGUCAGGCCUGGUGUAAGCGCCAGGGGCUCUACCGCUCCCAAUCCCCAGCGCGGCCAGGAGUCUCCCAGGCCCCCGGAGCCUACGGCGGAGUCCGCUCCGAAGCCAGUGGAGCCCACAGAUGUGCCCGCGGUGGAUUCCGGGGCAGCGGAGCCCCAAGAAAAGGCUCCUAGGAGCAGUGAUGAGAAGAUUGGUGGUGAAAAUAAUGUUGAAGAAUCCAGCAAAUUGUCCUCCACCGUUUCACAGAGAAGAAAGCGAAUAUCAAGUACUUCUGGUUUGGUUAAGCCUAGUGUCAGUGUUCCUUCACAGUCUCAUCCCUUAUCUACAGUUAAUCAAGAUGCUCCACAGCCAAACCCCAUUCCAACAAAAGAGAAACAGCCAUGCUCAGACAGAUACCGAAUAUAUAAAGCCCAGAAACUGAGGGAAAUGUUAAAAGAAGAAUUGAGAAAAGAGAAGAAACAAUGGAAAAACAAAUAUGCUAUAAAUGAAAGUCAGAGGCCACCAGAUCGUUCAAAAAUGACUAUGAGAGACUUCAUAUAUUACCUGCCAGAUAAUAAUCCAAUGACUUCUUCACUAGAGCAAGAAAAGAAAACUGAAAAGUCAUUGACUCCCAUCCAGUCAAGAGAUAGGCAGGAAAAUAAGAGCACGCUUGAUGUUGAAGAUAAUGAAGAAAUGCAAGAAGAGACUGAUGAUGGGCCAUUGCUGGUUCCUCGAGUAAAAGUGGCAGAGGAUGGUUCUAUUAUUUUGGAUGAAGAAAGUUUAACUGUAGAAGUUUUAAGGACAAAAGGCCCCUGUGUUGUUGAGGAAAAUGAUCCUAUAUUUGAGCGUGGUUCUACAACUACAUAUUCCAGCUUUAGAAAAAAUUAUUAUUCUAAGCCAUGGUCCAAUAAAGAAACAGAUAUGUUCUUUUUAGCCAUCAGCAUGGUAGGAACUGACUUUUCGAUGAUUGGACAACUGUUUCCUCACAGAGCAAGGAUAGAAAUUAAGAAUAAAUUUAAACGUGAAGAAAAGACAAAUGGAUGGAGAAUAGACAAAGCAUUUCAGGAAAAGCGUCCUUUUGACUUCGAUUUUUUUGCUCAUUUGCUUCAGAAAGUUCUUGCUGAGGAAGAGAAAAGAAAACAAAAAUCCAGUAAAAGUCAGAAUUUAAAGGAGAAGAAAUCCUCCAAACCACGGAAAACUGUAAAAGUGAGAAAAGUUAUUAGUGAAGGAGUAAAUGAUGAUCCUGAUGAGUCUGGGAGUACUAAAAUUUCAGAUACUCAGGAGGAUGCUCAGACAGUUGAAGAAGAGUCUCUGACUUUAUCAGGACAAGAUUUAGAACAAGUUGUAUUAGAACAAGACCGAAAUGAAAAGAAAAAGAGAAGGAAGAAUCAAGAUGAUGCUAAUGAACAGGAAGUAAAAACUCUUUUAGGAAAUGCCAGUGUUCAUUCAGUCCCUUUUAAAGAAGAAAAACACAAGAAUAAAAGUCCAUCUUCAAGGCCUGAAGUAAAUGAAGGUGAAAGCAAUAAGGAACAGAAGCUUCCCUGUGCACAGAACAGAGAUGACAUUGUGAGUUUAGCGUCUGGUGAAAAAGUUGAGAAGAGAGCUGACCCUGUCCUUUCAGAAAGUAAUCAACAAGAUACCAUGCCAGUAGCAACUGAGUUUUCAGAAUUAAGCACUUCAGAUUUGCCUCCAUCAGAAGUUGGAAUUAGAACAUCAUGUGAGGUGAAUAAUGCUGAGAGUAGUACAGGAGAAAGAAAUGUUGACCUGAAGAAUAAAUCACUGGAGACGGAUCCGGCAGAAAAUGUAAAACCAAUUUUGAGAGGUCGACUCCAGAAACCUAAACCGAAUCUAUCAAGAGCAGUUGGGAAGAAAUCAACUCGUUCACAAAACAAAACAGAUGCAGAGAGCAAGAGUUCAUGUUCAGAAACUUCAGUUGAGAAGAAGCACAUGGAAAAAAAUGAAGUGAAUACAGGUGACUGUUUUGAAAUGGAGAAUAAAGAAAGAAAGAACCUAGAAGCUGAAACUGUAUCUAAUUCUAGUUUGAGUGACAAAUCUUGUCUGCAUGAAGAUAAUCACCCAAAGGCUUUUAGACCGACACGACCAAUAAGGGGCCGAUUACCAAGGCCAAAGCCAAAUAUAGGGAAAGCUGCAGAAAGAAAAGAAAUUCUUGGAUCACAGGAAAAAGUUGGGGCUGAUAGGGAGAAUAAUGAAAAUGAGUCCUGUGUUGAUAGAGAAAUUCCUCAACAAAUAGAAGAUCAGUCAUGUAAAAAUUUCAAUAGGGAAAUGUCACAUGUCAUAUCACAACCUGAGAGAAAAGAUUCUUCUUUUCAAAAAGUGGAACCAGAUGAGCCCAAGACUCUUAGUGAAUGUCUAAGCAUUCAAGAAGAUAAACAAGCAAAUGUUGUUAAACAAGUCCCUGUUUCAAGGACCCGAUUUCAGAAACCAAAGCCAAAUAUAGGAAGAGGAAAUGGAAGAAGAGAGAGAUCCUCUAAGGAAGAAGUACCAGAGGAGAUUCUUGCCUCUGGGGAAAUGACAGUGGCUUUGAGACAAAUUGUAAAACUAGACACCCAACCGAGGGAGAAGGUACCAGUGACAACCACUACUGCUAAAGAAACUAAGUCAUGUUUAAAAGAAACUGGAAGAGACAUUUCUCUUAUGGAGAAGAUGCCAGAAAUAACUGAUAAUACUCUGGAAAUGCAGGCAGGUUUGAAAGCAAUUGGAAGAGAAAUUUGCCCAAGGGAGAUGCUAUCAGAAAUGACCAAGAGCACUGUGCAGAGGGAGACAGAUUUGAAAACACCUGGAAGAGUGUUUUCCCCAAGGAAGAAGGUGCAGGAAUUGAUUGAUGCCAUUCAGGAAAUAGACAAAAAUUUGGAAGAAACUGGAAUAAGAGAAAUAUCCCCACAGGAAAAUGUCCAAGAGAUCAAGUCUAUAGGUGAGAUGGAGACAAAUUUGAAAGAAACUGGAAGAGAGAUGCCCAUAAGAGACAGGACUCCACAAAAGAUUGAUGUCACUCAGGAAAGAAAGACAGAUUUGGAAGAAACUGAAGGAAGAGAAAUAUCUGCGUUAGUUAAGGCUCCAGAGGAAGUCACAACUAUAGAUGAAAUGAAAACAGAUCUGAAAGAAAGUACAGGAGAUAUUUCCCAAAGGGAAAAGGUUCUAGUGACGGUCAGUGACCUAGAGGAAAGGGAGGUUGAUUUGAAAGAAACUGGAAGAGACAUUUCUCUGAUGGAGACCACAGCAGGAGAGAUGACUGCCAUUGUGGAAAUGGAGGCAGAUUUGAAAGAUACUGGAAUAGACAUUUCCCUUAUGGAAACUGUGUCAGGAGAAAUGACUGCUGUUGAGGGAAUGGAGACAGAUUUGAAAGAUACUGGAAGAGAUAUUUCCCCCAUGAAGACCAUAUCAGGAGAGAUGACUGCCAUUGAGGAAAUAGAGGCAGAUUUGAAAGAAAUUGAAACAGACAUUUCCCUGACGGAGACCAUAUCAGGAAAGAUAACUGCUAUUGUGGGAAUGGAGGCAGAUUUGAAAGAUACUGGAAGAGACAUUUCCCCGAUGGAGACCAUAUCAGAAGAGAUGAUUGCCACUGAAGGAAUGGAGGCAGAUUUGAAAGAUACUGGAAGAGACAUUUCCCCGAUGGAGACCAUAUCAGAAGAGAUGAUUGCCACUGAGGGAAUGGAGGCAGAUUUGAAAGAUACUGGAAGAAAAAAUUCCUUGGGGAAGAGAGGAUCUGAAAAGAUGGGUAUUACUGAGGAAAUGGUGGCAGAUUUGGAAAAAACUGGAAAAACAGACAUUUCUCCAACGGAAAAUGAAUCAGAGGAAUCCAGUACUUCAAAGCAAACUGAAGCAAAUGUAAUACAGAGCAGUAGUGGUGACACCAGUACCGUACCUUCACUAGAUAUAAAAAAUAUUAGCAGUGAAGUAUUAUCAGUGAUGCAUAUACCUACAGAAGAAAACAGAAAUUCCGAAAAGGAGGCAUCCUGCCAUUUGAAGACUUCUUCACAAACUUCUGAAAUUGGUGAAAUAGAAGACCAGGAGAUAAGACCUCCAGAUGUUCCAGAACAAUUUUCAGAUAUUAAUUUAAGCAGAUCUCUUCUUCAAGAACAGAAGGCACUUGAAGUUAAACCAGCACCUUUUGUGAGAAGCCUAUUAAAAAGACCAAAACCAAAUUUAACAAGAGCAGCUUUAAAGAAAGAGACUGCAGAAGCACAAAAAUAUGUACAUGGGAAGAAGUUGGAAACUGAUGAAGUAGAGACCACUGUGAUACAGCAGGACAGUGAACAAGCUAGUACUCUCCCUUCUCAACAUGAUGUGGCUUCCCCAAUAACAUCAAAAGAAAAAGAUAAAUCGGGUCACAAGAAGGAGGAGACUGUUACAUUACCAAGUAUACAGACUGAAAAAGACACUUCACCUUCAAAUUCUCAUGAACCUAAAGAGGAGUCUCAGUCAACACAAACACAGGAAAAUGAAUUAGUUGUUCCUACGGGGACUCCUAAAAUUAAAGCUUUCCCACAAGAAGUGAAGGAAAGUGUUAUCCAAAGUUCUGGACCAGUGAGGGGCCGACUUCAGAGACCUAAACCAAAUAUAAGAAAGGCUAGACACAGGCAAAUAGUAGAAAAUGAUGAAGCCAAAGGCAUAAUUAAGGAAGAAAGAUCAUUACUACAAAAAAAUGAAAGUAAUAAGAAGUCCCUGACAAUGUCAAAUUCUCAACUUGAAACUGAAAUUGAAGCUGUAUCCUCCAAAGUUUCAGAAUGCAGAAUGGAUGAAAAUCAAAGUCAUGUGGUUCUUGGAGAAAACCUUCAUGUUAAUGAAAGAAAUAUUUUAGAUGAAAAGAUGAGACAUGAAAAUAAACCAUAUGUUCCUACUCCAGCACAAUUGAUAAGAAGGAAAUUCCAAAAGUCUAAGCCAAAUUUGGGAAGGGCACAUAGUAAGAAAGAGGAACCAGGUAUAGAAAAAGGUACAUAUCAAAGUAAGACAAGCAAACAAGAAGAUAAUUUGCCACAGCAAGGAAAUUCUGACAUCCAUUUCUUUCUAAAAGAAAAAGCGGAGAAUCUGUCAUAUAUGGAGGUUUCAGCAAGAAAAGAUUUUUUAGGCUCUAGAGAAUCUAGUUUGGCCAAAAAAGAUGCUCAAUUAGAAGAAGUUGGACCAUCUGGAAGUGUUGGAGAGGAAAAUGUAGGAACUAAUUUUGUGUCUUCAAUUGUAGAAGAGCAAUAUCUCAGUAAAGUAACAAGCCGUCCACAAUUGUUAAAAGAAUCAGAUUCCUCCAAAAUUGCUCUGGAUCGAAGUACUGCCUCUGUGUGUGAGACAGAUCAUAGUGAAAGGAGAACACAUAGGAAGAUCAAACCAAAUGUUGCUAAAGGGCGUGGAUCAAAACGAGCUCGGGGUAAAACCUCAAAGAAGGAACCUAGAGCUUCCAAGUCAACGCUGGUGACUCUUCGGGCUUCCCAGGAAGAAGAUGAAGAUGAUACUGAAGAUUUUGAAUCUGACUAUGAAGAAGAAAACUAUCAUCUUGCCCCAGAAGAAUUAAACAAGGCACCAGUGUUUGUUCCCAUUGGUCUGAGAUCCCCUGAACCUGUUUCUGCUCAGAUUGAGGAAACAAUGGAAGAGCUUGAAAUAACUGAGAAUGUUGCAGAUAUAGGAUGUGUAACUAUUGUUGAACAUGAGCUUUCAAACACAGAUGUAUCUACUCAGGAAGUAAAAGAAGAAAAAAAUUUGAAUACAUCAUCAUUUGAAAUAACCACAGGUGAACAGACCCAAGAUGAACCAGGCACCAAUGAUGGAAGUACUGAAGCUGCCAUAACUUUACUAACAAUGGGAGAUCUAGUAUUGCAGUCAGAGAUCAGCACUGAACAGGGUGAUGUAGGAGUAUGUGUGUUUCCUGAUGUUCAUUCAAAGGAUAAAAGUCAUAUUCCUUUUAUCCCAGAUAAUGUAAAUCACAAAAUUGUUCAUGAAUAUCAGGAGGUUUUUUCACCUGUCAUUAGUACAUCUCCUGCAUCAUUUGAAGAAAACAAGAUUGUACUGGAGGAACAAAGUACUAGAGAAGAAGUUGGUUUAAUGGAAGAAGUCAAGAAGAAUGCUACAUUGACCAGGAAUACAACUUCUAAAGUGACCAAUAAUUUGAGAAUGAGAAGUAGAUUUGUCAAGCCAAAGCCAAAUCUUGAGAAGGUUUUACGGACCAACAGGUUUCAUGCUCAUCAGAAAGUUCCCGGUUUUUGUGUUUUAAAGGGGGAAGAAGUAGAAAUUCAAAGAGAAACUGAGAAAAAUGCUUCCAAAGCAACAGAAUUGGGAGAGAAAAGCUUUGGGCAAGUUACAACAACAGAGAGUAAGGAGCAGAACAAAUUGGCAUCUGUACAUGAUAUCAAAGGGACCAGUAUUUCACAAGAAGCAAACUUAACAGAAAGAAAUGAAGAUCAAGAGGAGAGAUCUCAAGAGGUUGAGAUAGUGUCAGUUACUCCAGUUGUUUCCUCUGAGCAAGGACCCCAUACCCUUGAUUCGGCUAGGGAUCUUGGUGAGAGUUCUUUUGAAGAGCCCCUGAGAAAGAACACAGAAGGAGACAGUGUGCUCAAACAUCAUGUGCCAGAGUGUAUACCAACCAGUAUUCCAGAAGUCCAACAAGAGAGUGUAAUCAAUUCUGAAGACCUAACAGUGAAUCUGUUUGCUGAUGUACAAGAUGGAGAGGAUGAACAAGCAUUCAUUUUAACUCUGGUAGAAAUCCCAACCAAUGCUACAGAAGAAUUUACGGAUGCUGCUCAGUUAAUGCCAAACCCUUUACUACCAGCACCCAUAUUGGUCAAAUCCAUUAAUACUGAAGAAAUAGGCGAUAUGAGUAAGCGUUUACCACUAACUUCAGUUGGUCAAGAUGCCAUGUGUUUAUCUAAUUCUGCAAGAGAUGCUUCUGAACAGCCUCCUGCUAAUUUGGAUCUUAUAUCUAGGAAGAGAUCUCAUUGCACUCUUGAUGAAAGCAACCAUGUUUCUCCUGCCAAAAAAAUGUCUCUCACUUCAGAAGAUGGUUGUCAACAAUAUACUUCUGAGGUGUGUUCAGAGAAAUUAAAUGUUUUUGAGGAAACAGGGGACUCUUACAAGGAACGAGGUAUUUUCCCUACCUCAGGAUGCACACAAGCAACUCCAGAACCUCAAAAAGAGAAACUUGAAACAACUUCUCAGAAUAUAGGGUCUAGGUCUGUUGGUAGAAUAAGAGAUAUGUGUAUAGAAAAGAAUAUGCCUCAGUUGCCUCAGGAUGAGAUGGUUGUAUCUGAUAAAGAAAAAGGAACAGAUUCUGCUUCUACAUCUGAACAAAUGGGUAGCAGAGUGGCACCUUCAAAAACUCCACUGUCCAGGCGUGGCAGAAGACCCCUGGGAUUUUUAUCUUUAAUAUGCUCAAAGAAUAAUUUGGAAUCUGAUGAACCUACUCACGUCCAUAGUAAGAAGCGCGUAAAACCUCUUAUACCUGUAUCGAGGAGGAAUUUGAAACAAUCUAAUCCACUUAGUGAAGGAGAGAAAAAAAAUCAAGAGUCCUCUGAUCUGCUUCCAUCUCCAAGUGUUGCUACUAAUACUCAGUCAGAGAAUAUUGACAGUUCAUCAGCUCAGGUUUCUUGUGAUCAGCCCUUACUGAAAGAAGAACAUAAAAGUGGCCAACACCGGGCACCUGAUCAGGAGCCAACCACAGUCUCUGAAUAUUUCUUCAGUGAUAUCUUCAUUGAAGUAGAUGAAACAGAAUGAAACAGUCUUUUGGGUUUCUUCUUCUUUUUUUCUUUUUUUAAGUAUUGGAAUUUCCAGAAUCAAUUACAUCAGCAAAGCAGCAUUUAGAAAAAAGCAUCACUGUUUAUUUUUCUUUAGGUCAAGUUUGAACAUCUAAUGAGCUCAAGUUAAAGCUUUUAUAAUUAAUGGAAAACAUUGUUGAGGUUCCUUUGGUUCUGAUUGAUUCAGCAUUUUGGAAAUACCAAGCAAUUAAGACUGCUUUCUCAGAAAUAACAACUCUUGUUUACAUUUUGACACUUCCUGUUUUGAGCACACAUGGACAUUGGGAAUAUUGUGGAUUAAUGGCUGUAUAAAUCAGUGCCGACAUUGGAGGUUGAUUGUAUUUAACAUUCAGUGAACUUCUUUUGUAAAGGUUUUUGUUUUUAUUUUCCUUUGGGAGGGAUGAUGAAGGCUCUUUCAGUUACCUCCAAGUAUAUGAAAGCAAAUUGUCCACUUGUAUGGUAAAGUUAAAAAACUUUUCUAUUAUCAGUUGUGUAUCUGACUCACUCAAAAAUAUGUAUUUUUCUAAUUCAUGGUGAUAUACCAUUAGUCCUAAUUGAAGAACUAGUAUUUAAAUUUACUAUUUAUAAGGUUGAUACAUCAAAGCUUAUUUAUUUUUAAAUUUUUAUUUAAAAGCAUACUCAGUUUUAAUUAUAUGCACCCCUCAGAUUGUGGGUAAAGAAGGCAUUAAAUUUUAUGUUUGUCUCCUUUCCCUCUUUAUUUGUAGAUUUUAAAAUGAUAUAACUGAAAAUGUUUGGGUAGUAUGUAUGGUUUAAAUGCUUUUUUUCCUCAUAGUUUAGUAUAUUGACUUUGUACUGUGAAUUUUUAUUUUUCUUAUUUCAUGGUAAUCUCAGGAUUUUCAGGGAGAGAAAAAACUCAACUUCACUUAGGAGACAAAUUCUCACACAAAACUCAGUCUUCUGUGGGGCACAGUGGCACACGCCUGUAAUCCCAGCAGCUCAGGAGGCUGAGGCAGGAGGAUCAUUAGUUCAAAGCCAGUUUCUACAGUUUAGUGAGGCUCUAAGCAACUUAGUGAGACCCUGUCAAAAAUUUUAAAAAAAGGGCUAGGGAUGUGGCUCAGUGGUUAAGCACCUCUGGGUCCAAUCCCUGGUAUCAAAAAAACUCAGUCUCCUUUACAUACACUCCUUAAAAAAAAGGUUUCUUGAUAGCUCCUCCCCCAACCCCUGUUUAAAGAACAUGUACCACAGAACAUAAAUGUGAUGUUAAAAACAAAAUAAGAACAAGAUUUUAAGAUUUUAUAAGGUCAGUAAUUGUCAUCAAUAUGAAUGUAAGUAUUUUUAAUUUUGAGAUUGAUAUUUCCAUUCAUUCUACCUGAACAAACCUUUCCUGUUUCAAAUUAAAUUUCUCAAAGAGCAGAUUUAUUCUGAUUUUAUUUGAAAAGCCUCCUAGCUGGACAUUAUGUAUUAGCUCUGGAGUUAUAAACUUCUGCAAAAUAUUUUUGAGUUUGCAGGCCAGCUGGUCUGUGUGGCAGCUAUGCAACUCUGCCACAGACAGUACUUGAAUGAAGGGCCAUGGCUGGAUUGUUUUUAGUUUAACCCUACAUUAAACAAUAGUUUUCUUACCUUAAGGUGCUGAUAUCUGUAUGUAUAAGUUAUUUGUCAUUGGAGUUAUGAGUUGUGCCUAUAAGUUAAAACUGUGUUGAUUGCAUUAUGAAAUGAUCAGUAUUUCAAUUGGGAAAAUAUUUUAAAGUCUAGAUAAUUUUAGGGUUUUGUAUAUUGAAAAAAUAGUGGCCAGUUUUCAAGUUUCUUAAAAAGAGGAUAAUGGCUUAGCAAGUUUAACAGUGAUGCCAAUUUAUUGGAACUUGCUAUUAGAGCAUCUUCUAUUUAUUGCCUUACAGAGAAAUUUACAAUUUAACUUUUUCUCGUGAAUUAAGAUCUGUAAAUCUGAGUGGAAAUUCUCUAUAUAAGUAUGCAUUUAUUUAUUUUAUUGAUUAAUGUCACAAAAUCAUGGUAGUAAAUCUCAUUGCUAUUUUAAUAACCUAUUUAUGUAAAUUUUAAAAAAUCUCAUAUUGUACUGAGUACAGUGACACAUGUCUGUAAUCCCAGGUACUUGAGAUGCUGAGGCAGGAGUAUGGUGAAUUUGAUCCCAUCAGGGACAACAUGGUGAGAACCUAUCUCAAAAACCAAACCAAACAAAACUCAUUCUGAAAUUCUUAAUUAGUCUUAGUUUGGGUAUUAGAUUGCCAUGACUAAAUUAUAAUUUAUCCCUGUAGAAUAUUUAUUUUUUAACUUUGCUAACAUCUACAAUAAACCAGUUUUAUGGAUGAUAAUUUCUUAUUGUAAAACAAUAACAAAUAUAGGGCAUUCAUUGUAUAGAGAAUCAAGUCAGUUAACAAAUUAUCCUACUGUUAUAGUCUUAAAACUUAUCUUGAUAAAGAGAAGUUUAAUCACUGUACUUACCUUACAAGAUGGAAUGAUCUGUGUUAAGUCUGAUUGAUGUAAAGGUGUUGCAAAAAAUUUAUUUUAUAAAUCUUGAAGGAGAUGUGAUUAAAAGCCUUUUCUUUUCUUUUCUUGACUUUUCCUCCUAAACACUUACAUCUUAGCAUGUGAUCAACAUGAUGGCUUCAAAGCCUAAUUGUUGGUAAAUGACUGAGGCACCGAUAAAAAUAUUAAUAUCCAUUGUUUACCAGCAUAUUAUUUUAAAAAGACGCAACCAUGUAUACUACCGCUUGAAGAAGUUGUUGACAAAAAAAGCAAUAUCUGUCAUAUGUAAAUUUUCUUGUUCUAAAGAAAGCAGUUAUGUUCUAUAGAUAUAAAUUAUGUAAAUAAAAGUUAUUUUAUAUCGUU